AUGUAUCGUAUCCUUCGAUUAUCUCUCCCCUACCCACAACGGUUGCUUGGAAACUCGCGGUUUGCAUGUCCUUCGUUAAAGUCUCCUCUGUCCCUCCAGGGUCGGAGCUUUGCCUCCUCGCCCGCCUUGUAUAAGAAAAAGGACAAGGCAAAGAAAGCCUCAACAGACAGGGAGCCCAGUGCCGUUGCUUCUGACGACCCCUCCGAUCUAUCUCAACUUCAGACUGGCAUCUCGGCUGCUGUUGCUCGUCUGAAAGAUGACCUGUCGAAGCUUCGCGCAGGUGGGCGAUUCAAUACCGCGUCGCUCGAAGGGUUAAAGGUCCAAUUGAGCAAAGACAGUCAGGAAUCGGUCAAACUGCGUGAUUUAGCUCAGGUGGUCCCCAAAGGAGGACGCUUGGUGACGAUUUUGGUCGCCGAAGAAGAACAUGUCAAACCGGUGACAUCGGCGAUUGUCUCUUCGAACUUGUCCUUGACUCCUCAGCAAGACGCUCAUAACGCCCUUCAGCUCAACCUGCCAAUCCCACCACCGACCAAGGAAUCCCGGGACCAAAGCGUCCAGGCGGCCAAGCAAGCCUUUGACAAGGCCGCAAGCACCGUUCGGGACUCCAGAGGGGCUAUGCACAAACGACUACAAGAUUUGCAGAAGAAGAAAUUGGCCCGACCGGAUGACGUUCGCAAGGCUCAUGACCAGAUGGAAAAGGCGACAGAUAAAGGCCAUAAAGAAGUCAAGGAUCUCUUUGACGCAGCUAAGAAAACUUUGGAGCAGGCAUAA